AUGCAUUGGUUGAAGGUCUCAUUUAUUUUAUGCAUGUUUGGAUGUUUUAAAGAUUUUCGACCUUCUGAAUCGUUUCUGACCGAUUAUUUGACUGGGCCGUGGAAAAAUUUUACAGCAAACGAAGUCAAUCAUGAGAUCUAUCCUGUAACUACAUAUAGUUACUUAUCAACAUUAAUACUUAUGUUCCUAAUCACAGAUUUUAUCAGAUACAAACCGAUCAUAAUACUCUGUGGGCUGUCUGGUACUGUAACUUUUCUUCUGAUAAUACUUGGACAUAUCGUACUUGUUUUACAGAUUGCAAAAUUUUUUUUCGGCCUGUUUAUGUCUGCUGAAGUGGCUUAUUAUACUUAUAUAUAUGCUCAAGUAGAUAAAACACACUACCAAGAAGUCACGAGUCACACUAAAGGGGCUUCUUUAUUUGGGCGCAGUAUAUCCGGCUUCGUAGCUCAGUUAACAGCUUCCUUCGAUUUGUUAGGUUAUCAUCAACUCAAUUAUUUAACUCUUUCAGCCAUUAGCAUUGCGACAGUCUGGUCACUCUUCUUACCUGCUGUGGGUCAGUCAAUUUAUUUUCAUCGCAUUAAUCGCGUUUCCCUUGAUGAAGAAAAUCCAGCGUCUAUUGAAUAUGCGAUCGAUCAAUCACAACAACUAAGUAAUUCACGAAAAUUGUGCGACAAAAAUAGCAAAACGAAGUCAGAUACAUUUUAUAAGAUCAGGAACGCGUAUACACUGUUGUGGAAACAUUUCGUGUUAGCUUACUCUAACUAUCGUGUGAUUAAAUGGUCGGCCUGGUGGGCUUUAUCUACUUGUGGAUAUCUUAUGGUUGCCACUUAUUCACAAUUGUUGUGGCAAACUGCGGUGAAGCCGGGCGAUAGGAUUUACAAUGGGGCUGUGGAUUUUGCAUACGCCAUUGUAGGUUCAAUAAGCGUAUUCUGUGUAGGAAAACUACGAUUAAACUGGAAUUUAUUAGGAGACAUAUUGUGUUCCGUAUUUGCAUUUUUAGAAGGCUCUAUACUAUUGAUAUCUUCUUACAGUUAUAAUAUACAGAUUUUAUAUGUCGGUUAUAUCAUAUUUGGUGUAAUUUAUCAUACCAUGGUCACUGUCGCAAGCUUUGAAGUCGCUAAAUGUAUAUCUGAGGAUAGUCACGGCUUAAUAUUCGGCGUGAAUAUAUUUCUCGCAUUAUUAAUGCAAAGUUUGCUGACAUUUAUAGUCAUCAAUACGAUUAUGUUAAAUAUCAGACAACAGUUUUAUGUCUAUAGUGGCUAUUUUAUGGUCUUAGCUGUGAUAUACUUAGUAUUGAGUAUAAUCAACAUUCAGCGAUAUCGUCGAAACAUGACUCAACUGCAAAUAAGAUAG